CUCCACUUCAAGUGGCUACUGACAGACAUAUUGGCUGGCAGUUCCAGAGAGUUACAACAGAGACUUUAGGUAGAGGGGACAGGGUUUUCUGUGCCUCCACAAAGCUUUGCAUGCAUCUGACACUCUAAAGUCUCAGGAAUGAGUUAAAUGGAUGAAUAGUCCAGUUCCACCUCUACCCAUCACCAACAGCUGCUGACAGCAACUACAGCAACUUCUUGGACUUUCGACCCAAGUCAGAAGCUGCCGGGGAACUCAUGGCCCCGCUUCAGAAGCUCAGCCGAGAGAAGCAGCAGAGGGAACAGGACAGUCGGGACAUCGUGUGUGGCAUCUGCAUGGACAAGGUGUGGGACAAGCCCAAGGCUCAGCGUGUUUUUGGCAUCCUGCCCAACUGCACCCAUGCCCACUGCCUGGGCUGCCUGCGCAGCUGGCGGAAGAGGCGACAGGACUUCCCGCGGGAUGUCAUCAAAGCCUGUCCCCAGUGCCGUGUCCAUUCCAGCUACGUUAUCCCCUGCCAGUUCUGGGUGAGUGAAGGGGCUGAAAAGGAGCAGCUCAUCCAGAGCUUCAAGGCUUGGACCAGCCAGAUCCCAUGCCGCUUCUUUGCACAGGGGAGUAGACACUGCCCAUUUAAAUCUGACUGCAUCUACCUGCAUCAGCUUCAAGCUAAGGCCCCAAGAUCUACCUCACUGCCGGCCUCCAGGAGUGAAGUGGUACUAGAACCACCAGCGUUCCUACAGUGUGCCGACUUGGAGCAUGAACUACGCUUCGUGGACUACGCUAUGGAUGUGGUCUUCUGGUACUCAGAACUUCUACUGAAUCCCUACAGUUUUUACCGAAACCUCCAGUGUCCAAGAUCACUUUGUAGGGGGUGGGGCCAACAAGCGAGCAGGCUUUGCUAGGUAGUAAUGAGUUUUACCUUUUCAGGCUUGGUUGGGGGAGGGGGGGGUCAAAGCAGCAAGCCCCACCACCCUCAAGAAGUGCAGCAGUUGGCAUGGCUUUGGGACCCUGGGGAGCAGAGGUAGUUUCUCUUGGGGAAGUGGAAAGGGUUCUCAGUGUCUUGUCAAGGCAUUGGUUUUUAGCUUAGCUUUUUUUUUUUUUUUCCUGAGGAAGUGUUCUGAAAGCAACUAAUAAAAUGCACCUAAACUAUCA